AUGCCACUUUCUAAAGUGCUGAGGCCCUUUAUCUCCGCGGCAAACUCUUCACCACCGGCACCGAGGCCAUCUACCUCUGCGGAGACAUUUUCACCCUUCACCACUGGCGCCGAGGCCAUCUACCUCUGUGGCAACCUCUUUGCCACUGGCACUUUCCCCUCCUAUCACCCCAAAGACCCCUUGUUUUCCUUCAGAGAUUUGAGAGUGAUGCACUGCUUGGCUGCUAUCUUGCCUGGUUCAGGAUUGGCAGGGAGUAAGAGAACUGCGAGGACUGGAACCGGGUCGUGGGUGCCCACAAGUUCUGAAAAAUGUGCCUGCGUUUACAGGCUGGGCAUGUCGUAA